GAGGUGUUUGAAAAAGAGUAUUUGCAACAAAACAAUGUUUAAAGGAAGACAAGACAGACCAUUUCAGUGAAACCUCUUGAAGGCUGCCAUUGUAUUCUUUUCUUCUUAUUUCUGUUGCAUACUUACUUUGAGAUCAACAAGUUCAUUUGCUCACAACAAGCAAAGGUCAAGAAUUCAGUUAAGAUGUUGUAACACUUGUGAGGAUACUUGUUAACUUUGAAGUGGACUAGUUUGUGAGCAAGUGAUGGUGGAGGAAGAACUUCCAAUUUCGAGUGAGGCUGAGGAAGUUCAACAUUAUGAGCCCAAGAAAGGGAUCAGUGGUUGUUUCUGGGGACCAAUUAAUUGGUUUCGGGUGCUUUGUGUGGAAAUGCAUUGGAGUUUUGUUUUCGGGGUUUUGAUGGUGUAUGGAGUUAGUCAAGGACUUGGAGGAGCGCUUGCUCGGGUAGGCACAGAGUAUUAUAUGAAGGAUGUGCAGAAAGUUCAGCCUUCUGAAGCACAAGUUUACUCCGGAAUCACUAAUAUUCCUUGGUUAGUCAAGCCUCUAUGGGGCCUUCUUACAGAUGUUGUACCGGUUUUUGGGUACCGUAGAAGGCCUUAUUUUAUAUUUGCAGGCAUUUUUGGCCUUAUUUCCAUGCUCUUUCUAUCAUUGCACAAAAGCCUGCAUAUUGCAUUUGCACUACUGUCUUUAUUAGUAGGGAGUACUGGGGUUGCAAUAGCCGAUGUGACCAUUGAUGCUUGUGUGGCUCAGAAAAGUGGCAGUCAUCCUUCGUUUGCUGCUGACAUGCAAAGCUUAUGCUCCCUGAGUACUUCAAUUGGAGCUUUAGUAGGAUUCUCUAUAAGCGGGAUAUUUGUUCACUUAAUUGGGCCAAGGGGGGUCUAUGGAUUGUUAACCAUCCCAGCAGGUCUUCUACUAGUUGUUGGCUUUGUGCUCAAGGAACCCCCUAUACAUAACUUCGCAUAUGGACAGGUACAUGUAAAAUUUCAAGAUGCAGCUAGUUCCAUGUGGAACACACUAAAAUACCCUGAUGUAUGGAGACCAUGUUUAUAUAUGUAUUUAUCCUUCGCAUUGAGUUUGAACAUAUAUGAAGGCAUGUUCUACUGGUACACUGAUUCAAAGGAUGGCCCAACUUUCUCAAAGGAGGCAAUUGGUUACAUGCUCUCAAUUGGCUCGGUGGGAUCUCUUCUUGGGGCCUUUAUGUAUCAGUAUGGUCUUAAAGAUCAUCCAUUCAGAAAUAUACUCUUCUGGGCUCAAUUAGUACUUGGUCUGUCAGGGAUGCUUGAUUUCGUUCUCGUUUUACGGCUAAACUUAAAAUUCGGAAUUCCUGACUACUUAUUUGCUGUGAUUGACGAAAGUAUCUACCGAAUGACUGCCACACUAAAAUGGAUGCCUCUUCUUGUCCUAAGCUCAAAGCUUUGUCCCCCUGGGAUUGAAGGCACUUUCUUUGCCUUGCUCAUGUCUAUUGACAAUGCUGGACUUUUUUCAUCGACAUGGGGAGGAGGAUUGUUACUUCAUCUUAUGAAUGUUACGAGAACUCGCUUUGAUAAUCUUUGGCUGGCUAUUUUAAUACGAAACGUCCUAAGAUUAGCUCCACUCACUCUGCUAUUUUUGGUAUCAAGGGGUGAUCCAGCUUCAUCGAUUCUUCCAAAUGAACCACACGAUGCAAAAGCAGUCGAGGAUGUUCCCGACUCGAAGGAUAUUGAACUUGUCUCCCUUGUUAACAGUGCAGAUGGUCGUUAGACUCUUAUAUUGCUAUCAUGGGGGAAAGAAAUCACGGUCCUGUAUACGUUGAGGUCAUGACCACCUUAGCCAAAAGUUCAUAAUGAAUUAAACCUAAAUUGUUUUACAGGUUAUAGCUUCUGCUCCCAUAAAAUUACUUAGGGAGUACAGAUGUCAAUUGUUGUAGAUGUCAUUGCACUGUUACUGUACACAAUUUUUUCAACAGAAGAGUUACAUAGAAUCAGCUUAGAAUUACUAUUUAGAUGUAAAUCCUGAUUAAAGCGUACCUGUAGAAGGAAUGUCAAAUUUUCAGCAUUCGUAUCAAUGUUGUAGUAUAUGUUGGAUAAUUUGUUAUUGUAACGAUUAUAAUUUGACAAUGUUACAACAUAUAUGUGUAUUGGUUGUUGAAGAGUAUAA